AUGGCGUCUUCCCAGGAUGUCCACGUUCGAAUUUGUGGACAAGAAAUAAUCAAAUAUGAUCUCGAAAUUAAAGCUCUCAUUCAGGUACCUACAUCUUAACAACUUUUUACAUAUUUUCUUUAUUAAUUUUGUGUCAUUUCAAUUUGCGGUUGUGAGACAAGUCAGUGUACAUUUGGCCAGCUAAUCUAGCCUAGCAAAUGUUGGCUAGCUAGCUACUGUAAUUGUGGAGAGCAAGCGAUGCAAUAAGCUGUAAAUUUUUUGGAUUAUAUUGAAUUGUCAGUUAAAUUAAAUAAAACAUACUAUGUAUCUUAUCUUGCUUAGGACAUUAGAGAAUGUCCGGGGCCACAAAGUGUGCUGAUGGAUUUCAACUCCAUAGUAAAAGAGAGAUUCAAUCAGCUGCGACUGAGAAUCCAGGUAUGUAAGUCAAUGCAUUAGUUUAACUUCUUUUAGAUCGGAUUUAUUGUGAUCAGCUAGAUAGAACUCUUCUGAACUAUACAUUACAUUCACAGAAUAUGGAACAAAUGGCCAAGGAACAAGACAAAGAAACAGACAAACAAGCCAUCUUGAGCGAGACAGAGAGUCAUCGUAGACAGAUGCUGAGGUAAGAGACUGGGAUCCAGAUUCCUAUUUAAAAUGUCAUUGAUCUCACACCUCUUGGAAUUCCUUGACUAAUAUAUUCCCUCUACAGUAACCAGACAGCUUGGAGGAAGGCAAACCUGGCAUGUAAACUGUCCAUUGACAACCUUGAGAAAGAUGAACUGCUGUAUGGUGGCGACUCCACUGUGCGACAACGGUGAGUGGUGCUCAUCUCUUCUUCAGGCACAGCUGCUAGCUGUUUUAUUAACCCUCUAUUUAUAUGUUCCAGUUUCCCUACAAUCAUCAUUCUUCACAGCCUUCCUCUGGACUUUUUCAACAAACCUACUAAUGUGCAUGUGGAAAAAUAUCCCUUUGACAGGGUGAUGGGGACAGAAAGUUGGAAUUACAUUGAAAUGAAUUGCAGUUUGUCAUCGUGUGUGUGUGUGUGUGUCCUCUCAGAAAAGCAACUAAGGAGAGUUUGGUCCAGACGUCCAGUGACAUCACAGAGAGCCUGAUGAGCAUCAGUCGUAUGAUGGCCCAGUCGGUGUCGCAGAGCGAGGAGACCAUCGGCACUUUGGGUAAGAGACUGCUCAUUCGGGAAGGGAGAACAGUCACAAUGGGUGCCAAUGGUUAGGGCUUGUAGACCUAUAAUAAUAUAUGCCAUUUAGCAGAUGCUUUUAUCCAAAGCGACUUAGUCAUACUUGCAUACAUUUUUACGUAUGGGUGGUCCCGGGAAUCAAACCUAAAACCAAACAUAUAUAAGAUAUGAUAACUUUAUUGUCCAUUUACCUGAAAAUUCAUGUUGUAAUGUUAACAUACAAAGUACACAAAGUCAAUACACUAUAAUACAAAACAACGCAAUACAAAAAUGGCUGGAAAGUGAGCACACAAAUAUUCACAUAGCCUAGUCCUUUUGACAUACUGCCCCCAGUGUCCCUGUUGGUUCCAGGCUUUGUCCACUAGACUAGAACACAUGUUGUAAUUCAUGCAAGCAACGCUCUUAUUAAUCUAGGAUAAAUUAGUCCUUAUGUACACAUUUACUCACACAAUACUUCUCCUCUAUGUAGCUACGUCUUCAAGAACAGUCCUGGAAACGGAUGAAGAGUUCAAAGCCAUGACAGGAACCAUACAUUUGGGAAGGAAACUGAUCUCAAAAUACAACAGACGAGAAUUGACUGACAAACUACUAAUCUUUCUAGCAGUAGCGUUGUUUUUAGCAACUGUC